AUCCGUUCAGCUGCUGCUGAAUAACAGUCUGGAAGUGAGGGUGUGAACAGAAUUAUUUAAUAAAUUGUAAAAGUUCCUGCAAAACAAUUCUGCAGUAAUUGUUAAUUACUUCAGAUAAUUACUGCAGACUUAUAGUAAAUUAAGUGUAUUUAUUAUUAUUUAAGUGUAUUUCCUCGACAAAAUCCACGGUAUGGAAAAUUCCUACAUACAGUUUGCGGUAAAACUAUUGUAUUUAUAUAAGCUGUGUUAAAAAAUAAUAAUAUCUCCUCAGUUAAGCAAAUUAAUGUAUUGCAAGGUAUUCACUUCAUAUACGAAAUCAAGGAAAAAACUGACUUCAGGUAGUCGAUUAAAUGGACCGGGGUUUCCCCAAGAUUAGAUUCUUCAAAAAUCAGUAAACCCCUGGCGUCCACCUGUGUGUUAUAAAUAUCGCGUGAGUAAUUUUCCCGUUCCACAAGUUUUGAAAUGGAUCCUUUGGGUGCCGUCGAUGGUGUGGUUGAUCUUUGCCACAGCAUUUCCGUCUACGAUGCCAAUAUUUCGCACGUUGGAGAUACCCAACCAAUGCCAAGGGCUGUAGUCAAAGUGGCCCCCUCCCCGACUUCUAGAAGGAAGCAGUCGAUGACCUCCCGAAAUUCCAAUGUUAAGCGUCUCGCUCGUCACGUCCGCUCCGUUCAUAAUAAUGUCCGUCACCACUGUUCUGUGUGUGGCAACGGGUUCACCAGGCCAUGUAACCGAAUCCAGCAUGAGGUGAUCGUCUGCAAGGUGGUUCAUCCCCCCGAUAUAAUGAAAAGGUUUGUAGUGAAGGGAUUCAAAUGUGAGAUGGUGGGAUGUGGGAAAUCGUACUCGAUUCAAGAUGAUUUUGACAGACAUAUGGAGAAACAUGCGGGCGAGGAGCGUCUUCACCGUGAUUUGGGAGGUCAAGACCUGAAUUACCAGCACGUGGCUAUCAAACAGGACACCCCGAUAGACAUUGAAGACUCCGGUCCUUCCUCGGUUGAUAUCGUCGAGGGCAUUCUUGUAGGUGCGUCGAAUGCCAAUGCUACCAAGUGUGAUGCCGGGAAAGCAGUUAUCGCGAGAAGUUCUAGGCCGGAUCCCUUGACGAUCGAAAAACCGCUAGAGACGACGAGUCGUGCACUCACUUAUGGACUCAAACGUUCCAAGAAGGUAAAAUGUGAAGACUGUCAUAAAAUGUUUUUGUCAAGGAACGACCUUGGCCAUCAUGUCCGCUCUGUGCAUGAAUGUGUCCGCUACCCUUGUUCCGUUUGUGGUAAGGGGCUGACCAAACCCAGGCACAGGAUAGAGCACGAGGCCACUAUGUGUAGAGUGAUCCAUCCCCCCGAGCUGCUGAUACAGCUGGGCAUCAAAUUACACAAAUGUGAUGUGCUUGGAUGUGGGAAAGUGUUCCAGAAACCGGGAGACUUUGCUCGCCAUAGGCAGAAGCAUCCGGUUGUCAACCAGGCCGCAAGUGAGGAGCAAAGUUUUGUAAUAAAGAAAGAGCGUGAAGAAAGCGAUGAUGAUUGGGCAGCAGAAGCGCACGCAGGGAUAACUUUGCCUAAACCCCUUCAUGUCGAUAAGGUGGAUGAAACAUCUAUCGCGGAGAUCGUAUGCCGAAUUUUUGUCGGGGGACCUGCUAAACUACAUGGAAAUUGUGUUAACGCACUGACUGCACGCGCGACCCAGAUUAUCAGGUGUGACAAGUGCCAAUUAAUUUUGUCUGACCGACGCUAUCUCCAACUUCAUAUAAGUACGAUGCAUAGCAUGGUCCCCUGUGACGUCUGUGGGAAGACGUUCUCUUCGCAUAACUUGGACAGUGUCGAAGGCAUAUUUUGUACGUUGAUUAAUUCACCAGCAGGGACGAGCGGAUUGGGUAGAAGAGCCUAUCCUUGUGUCGACGAUGAAUGUGGAUGUUCCUACAGCCAAGUGGCAGACUUGCGGAGGCACCUGGCCAUUAAGCACGGGAUAUUUAAUGUCCAGGAGUAAACAAUGCGCUACAGAAAUUUAAUGAUGAUUUAGUUAAGCGAUAAACAUGUUAAAUUUGGACCUAUUAGUCUUAUUUUAGAUGAAAAUCUGUCAACAGUUUUUAUUUAAUAUUUUAUGAGUACUGUAACAUAUUCAGAUGACUGAUUAUUCUAAAUUCUACUGGAAUAGUUAUUAAUCUCACUUAAGAACAUUGAAUAAAUAUUCUAGAAACAGUGCUCAAGGUGCAUCAGCAUAAUUUAUUAAGAGUAUCUGUUAGGCCGCCAUUAAGAGUUUGUUUUAUAUUUUAUUUCAUACAUUUAUUUUAUUAAAUUCAAGUCAAAUAUUCCAAUCCAAUAUUAUUAAAUACCCCAAUAUUGUAACAAAAAUAAAAAUGUAAAAAUAUCUGCUGUAAACAAAAUUAUAAUUAGGCACGUACAAUAAUUUAGGUAUACUAUAUCCUAAAUAAAAUUGAACACUGCUCCAGAAAUCUAAGGUAUGUAUUGACAGAGUUGCGUUAUUUAAAUAAGUUUUUAUAUAAAAAAUGCUUAAAUAACGCUGGGAAAUUAUUUAUUAUUAAUAAAUAAAUAACGCCUGGA